GGACCUGUGCCCUCAGCUACCUGGAUACCGCUCCUCCCCACUAGGAGAGAAUAAACAGUCUAGAGACCUUGCCUGCCUUUGUCCUGGGGAAGGGGACAGGGAUGGCCCAGCUUGGCACCAGGGAACUCAGCAGAAGACUUUUGGGCUGGGCCAAGUUUGAACCCGCCACCUCCGCUAUAUGGGGCCAGCGCCCUAGUCCUUUGAGCCACAGGCAUCGACCCAACUUUUCUACUUCCCUGUAGAGCCCUGGCUGUCAGUAACACCGCUCAUACCUCAGGACUGAGGGCUCUGGAUCAGAUCUGGAUCUGACUUCCGUGGGGAUCCACGGGCAGGGGAGACCUGGAGGGGGUUGGCUAGGGAGAGGGUCCCUUGCUCUCAGAUCAGGGUUACAUGUGGGGGAUAACUGCCCUCCAGACUUGGUUUCCCUGCCAAUCUGCGGCGCCUCUGGACUUUAUCGGUCCGGCAGGCAGCUCCCCUCCUGGCACGAAAGGGUUAAGGUCGCCUACAACCACCGACCAAUGACGACGGGCAGCGUUUUCGCGGCGCCUCCUGAUUGGAGGCCACGCGGGGCGGGGAAAGGGGGAGGUGCCCCUGGUGGGAGGAUUUGCUUAUGAGGCUGUGGCGCGCCAGUCAGGCUACGUGUGCUCUCUCGACCAUGAGCUGUGCGGCUGUCCCAGACCCGGAGGAGGCGCCCGAGGAGCGGCGUUUCCUCAGCACCGCGGAGGCAGCCGCCCUGGAGCGGGAGCUGCUAGAGGAUUAUCGCUUUGGGCGGCAGCAGCUAGUGGAGUUGUGCGGUCAUGCUAGUGCUGUGGCUGUGACAAAGGUGUUCCCUCUGUCAGCUCUCUCCCGGAAGCAGAGAACGGUGCUAGUUGUGUGUGGCCCAGAGCAGAAUGGGGCAGUGGGGCUGGUCUGUGCCCGGCACCUGCUAGUGUUUGAGUAUGAGCCAACCAUCUUCUACCCCACACGCUCACUUGACCUGCUGCACCAGGACCUGACCACCCAGUGCGAGAAGAUGGACAUCCCUUUUCUGUCCUACCUGCCCACCGAGGUACAGCUCAUUAAUGAAGCCUAUGGGCUGGUGGUGGAUGCUGUGCUGGGCCCUGGUGUGGAGCCAGGCAAGGUUGGGGGCCCCUGUACGCGUGCACUGGCAACACUCAAGCUGCUGUCCAUACCCCUCGUGAGCCUGGACAUUCCCUCAGGCAUGCUGGGCAGGGGAGCACAACUUCAUGUCUUGGGGGCUUGGGUGGAGACCCCCGUGUCCCAACUUCUGAUGGCCCCUACCUAUCUGCCUGCUCUGAACCUCAGUUUCCCUAGCAUGGAUGAGUAUAUACUCUGGCUGCAGCCAAGGGUCACAUGCAUCCUGUGGGUGGGGAAGACCAAAGCCGCUGCCCCAGGCUGGGACGCCGAGACCGGCUGUGACGCUGAAGACGGGCUGCGGCCCGACGUGCUGGUGUCGCUCGCGGCGCCCAAGCGCUGCGCCGGCCGUUUCUCUGGGCGCCACCACUUCGUGGCUGGCAGGUUCGUACCCGACGACGUGCGCCGCAAGUUUGCUCUGCGCCUGCCGGGAUACACCGGGACUGACUGCGUGGCGGCUCUGUGACCGCUACCCGCGCCUACGCCGCUUGGACCCGGACCAAUAAACAGCCUUUACCACACCA